AUGUCGUCUCCUACCUCUUGGGCCAUGAAGACUUUGUCCCAGCUGCUAGGCGGCAUUCACAGGAACAAUGAGUUCUCGGACCUCCAAGCCCAGGGCUCUGCCCCUCUUGCUGCAGCCCUGGAACGGAAAAUAUCCAUGAGGCAAAGCAGAGAGGAGCUGAUAAAACGAGGCGUCCUGAAGGAAAUUUAUGACAAAGACGGGGAGCUCUCCAUAUCCAAUGAGGAUGACUCCCUGGAAAAUGGACAGUCCCUGAGCGCCAGCCAGCUAUCUCUGCCUGCCCUGUCCGAAAUGGAGCCAGUUCCGAUGCCCAGAGACCCCUGCUCAUACGAGGUGCUCCAACCUUCAGACAUCAUGGAUGGGACAGUGUCUGAAGAGAGUCCCUCUGCCAGUGAGUCUGGAGUCCUCCUGUCCCAAGAUCCUUCAGCCAAACCAGUCCUGCUACUGCCCCCCAAAAAACCUGCUGCUUUCUCUGGAGACCAUGAGGAGACCCCAGUGAAGCAGCUGCCCCUCCUCAAGCAGCCCCCCGCCCUGCCUCCCAAACCCACUGCCAGGAUUGCCAACCACUUAACAGAUCCUGGCGCCCCUGUGAAAUUGCCUUGUCUGCCAGUGAAACUGUCGCCUCCGCUACCUCCAAAGAAAGUCAUGAUCUGUAUGCCUGUAGGGGGGCCAGACCUCUCCCUGGCUUCCUACGCAGCCCAGAAGAGCGGCCAGCAGGGUGGGGCGCAGCACCACCACACAGUCCUACCGUCCCAGAUCCAGCACCAGCUGCAGUAUGGCAGCCUCGGCCAGCACCUCCCCUCCGCCACCGGCUCCCUCCCCAUGCACCCCUCGAGCUGCAGGAUGAUAGACGAGCUGAACAAGACGCUGGCCAUGACCAUGCAGAGGCUGGAGAGCUCCGAGCAGCGGGUCCCCUGUCCCACCUCUUACCACAGCUCUGGUUUGCACUCGGGUGACGGUGUCACAAAAGCAGGACCUCUGGGCCUUCCAGAAAUAAGACAAGUGCCAACUGUUGUGAUUGAUUGUGAUGACAAUAAGGAAAACGUGCCUCAUGAAUCGGACUAUGAAGACUCUUCCUGCCUCUACUCGGGGGAGGAAGAAGAGGAAGACGACAGCUCUCUGUACACCAGCUCCCUGGCCAUGAAGGUGUGCAGGAAGGACUCCUUAGCCAUCAAACUCAGCAACAGGCCCUCCAAGCGAGAGCUGGAAGAAAAGAACAUCCUUCCCAGGCAGACGGAUGAAGAGAGACUGGAGCUGAGGCAGCAGAUCGGCACCAAGCUCACCAGGCGGCUGAGCCAGAGGCCAACUGCAGAGGAGUUGGAGCAGAGGAACAUUUUGAAACCUCGGAACGAACAAGAGGAACAGGAGGAGAAAAGAGAGAUCAAGAGGAGGCUAACUAGAAAGCUCAGCCAGAGGCCCACAGUGGAAGAACUUCGGGAGAGGAAGAUCCUCAUUCGAUUCAGCGACUACGUGGAGGUGGCUGAUGCCCAGGACUAUGACCGCAGGGCCGACAAGCCGUGGACCCGCCUCACUGCUGCCGACAAAGCUGCCAUUCGAAAGGAACUGAAUGAAUUUAAAAGCACUGAGAUGGAAGUUCAUGAAUUGAGUAGACAUCUAACAAGGUUUCACCGACCUUAACAGGCAGAUUCCUCUUGAGUGCUAUGCUGUCUUCAAAACAUAAAUUUAUAAGAACCGUAAGUGCUGGUAUUUAUUCACUUCCCCAUCACGAUGUAAAUCUUCAGAACUGCCUUUUUUAAAAAGAAGAAGAAAAGGAAACACAAUCAGGAUUCUGUUUGCGAAAACGCGAUGGUUACCGCUCCGUGGUCAGAGCUGCUGACACCAC